AUGGCGACAGCAAAUAGCACCAAAAUCCAGGAAUUCGUUUUGGUGGGCUUUGGAGAUGGGCAGAAAAAACGCUUACUGCUCCUCAUAUUUUUCACUACUCUCUACAUCCUUACAUUGGCUGAGAACAUCGUCAUUAUCACCGUGGUGGUCUUGGACACCAUCUUGGCCCGGCUUCCCAUGUACAUCCUCCUGAGCAACUUCUCCUGGCUAGAAACGUGUUAUGUGAGCACAACGGUGCCUCGUAUGAUCUUGGACCUGACCUCACCAAAUGGGACCAUCUCCUUCCAUGCCUGCUUCCUUCAGUUCUACAUCUUCUUUAGUCUUGGUGCCACCGAGUGCUUUUUCCUCUCAACCAUGGCCUUGGAUCGCUAUUUGGCUAUCUGCCACCCACUACGCUACUCCUACAUCAUGUCUCCCCAUUCCUGCUAUGGCCUGGUGGCUGUCUGUUGGAUUCUUGGCUUUCUGUGGAAUCUAAUCCCAGUGGUUAUGAUCUCCAAGUUGGACUUCUGUGGUCCCAACAUCAUUGACCAUUUGAUAUGUGAUCCUGGACCCAUCCUUUCCUUGGCUUGCUCUCCACUUGGAAAUAUGCUCCUUCGCUAUCAAUUUGCAAUGAGCUCUCUGGUCAUCUUACUCAACCUGUUCUUUGUUGUGUUAUCCUACAGUGCUGUGGUUCUCACUUUGGUGAAAGCCACUCAUCAAAGUGGCAGUAAGAAGGCCUUCUCCACCAUAUCCUUCCAUCUCGCGGUGGUCACCCUUUUCUACGGUUCCGUAGCAGGGAUGUACGUAGCCCCAAGUGCGGAAAACCAGUCAGAUAUCACAAAAAUUGUCACUGUCUUCUACACUGCCAUUACACCUUUUCUCAACCCCAUGAUCUACUGUCUGAGGAAUGAUCAGAUGAAGGAGGCCCUGGGCAGAGUGCAAAGAAGUAAGGUAACUGUACUGAGAUUUAACGCAAAUAAAUCUAGGAAACUAUAA